GGCAGAGAAGCUGGCUGGCUUGGGAGGAGGGAGUCUGGAAGAUGAGAGAAGAGAGGCAGCUGUUUUCUGUUCUGGAAGGGCUGGAGGCAAUGGCAGAGUGCAUGGGCAGCCUGUGGUUCUUUCAUACUGCAACAGAAAGGGGGAUGGAGCCAUGGCAGGAGAUGCUGAUGGAGAAUCAGGACAUGUACCAAGAGAGACAGAAGGGAGAGCAGCCAAGUGAGGCAGGGGCAGCCAGGAUAGAGCCACUGCAAAAAGGUUCUCCCCUAAAUCAUGGAGUGGAACAGCCAGAACCCCCAGGAGAAGGAAGAAAUGCCCAGGAGAAAGGUGAGAAAUUGGGGCAAGGGGACACACCAAGUCAAGAGAUUGCAGCUCCAACACAACAGCUGCAGACUGGCACCAGCAGAGUGGGUCCCCCAGAACAGGAGGUGACUCCGAAAGGACAGGAUCCAGGGCCCACCUUAAGUCAUCCCGUCCUGGAUGGAGAUGGAAACACCUCCGGAGGAGAAGAGAUGCCAAGGGUCUUUCAGAGAGGUGCCAAGGAGGAAGCGGAGCCGCCCGAGGAGGGGAGACGUGAGGAAGCCCUGAUGGGGGAGCUCUCUGAGCUGGUGCAGCAGGUGGUGAAGAGAAGCAGCUGGUGGGAGAGACAUGGCAUCGAUGACUCCAUCAUUGCCCUGAACUUCCUCAUCCUUCCUGCAGGGUUCCUGUGUCUGCGUUCAGACAAUGCCCUUCCCUUCCUGUUGGGCAUCUUCAUCUUGGGCAUAGUGCACCACACUGUAACAGUGAAAGGAAGCCACUUGGCCAGCCACAAUGCCUUGACGGAGUCCAAGUCUUGGGGGAAAGUUUGGGCCAUAUUCUUCCUUGAGGUUUGCUCGGCUUUCACAGCAGAGCAGGCAUACUACAACCAUGUGAAACUCCACCACGGUUACACUAAUGUUAUCAGACUAGGAGAUUCCAGUACUUGGAAGCUUCCUUUCUUGAACCGAUACGUCUACAUGUUCAUUGCACCCAUUGCUAUACCUAUUUUAACCCCUCUAGUGGCACUUGGUUUGCUGAAGGAUGUUGAGUUGAAAACAGCUCUCCGGACCCUCUGCUGCAUGUUUCUUGGGCUCUACUCCCAUUACUGGCUCCUGGUCAAUGUCUCAGGGUUCCAAUCAAUGUGGUCUGCCCUCAUCUGCAUGUUGAUCACACGAUCUCUCCUUGCCCACCCCUACAUCCAUGUUAACAUCUUCCAGCACAUUGGCCUCCCGAUGUUCUCGGCUGAUAAGAAGCCCAAGCGGAUUCACCUGAUGAGCCUUGGAGUUCUGAAUCUGCCCCGGAAUGCCCUGCUGGACUGGUCCUUUGGGCACUCAAUCAUCAGCUGCCAUGUGGAGCAUCACCUCUUCCCAAACCUCUCUGACAACAUGUGCCUGAAGAUCAAGCCCAUAGUCUCCCAGUACCUGAAAAAGAAGAAGCUGCCAUACAACGAGGACUCCUAUAUGUCCCGACUACAACUGUUCCUACACCGUUACGAGGAACUGAUGGUUAAUGCACCCCCAAUAACUGAACUUGUGGGGAUUCAAUGAUAGGCUCUGGAACACGACAGCAAGACAUAGGGCUGUUUCCUGUGGGUCAUUAUAACAUCGGACAAGAUCAGGAAAUUUAAAACCAAAGACAUUGCCCUUAUAAAGCAAUCAAAGAGGGAACAAGUUUGCCUGAAGUGUCUUGCUUUUGGACAGAUAGAAACACACAUAGAGACCAAGAAAUGCCACUAGAAUGAUAAAUUGUGACUGAAUGGUGAUGGGACAGAAGGGAAUUCUGUAGCUCCAAUACAGUAGAUCAAAUGGGAGUUUACCUGAGGUAUUAGAAGCUGGUAUUUAUUUUUCCUCCAUUCUCUUUUAACUCUUGGACACAGGUCGCUAUUGAUUCUUGUUUUCUUUACUGUUGUGUCUCUGGAACAGGACUGGGAGCCCAACAAGUAAGGGAAUUCACAUCCUAUCCAACUCCAGUGUGCCAAAAGGACAGGAUGACUCAGGGGACUGGCAGUGGGGCAGCCUUUAACUCUAGGUCAAUGGUUCAAAUCUAGGCAAAGCUUGUAUUUUUGGAACAACUGAAAACUGGUUCCCAUCUGAUGGCUCUGAUGGCCCGUGUGAAUUGAGUUGAUGGCUCCAGUUCCUCAGAGAAAGAUGCCCAUAUUACAAAACCUUAAUCAGCAGACUCAGUUGAGAGGCUGAGGAUGGAAUGGGCCAUAAAGAAUGUACUGCUUUAAAGGUGGUCUCUCCAGAUUAAUGGAGGCACAUUGGUGGUGUGGCGUAAGAGAAACGUACACUGCUGCAACCUGUGCUCUACCUGUUUUGUGGAUAAAUAAAUUCCUUCCAGGAGUGUGGAUUUGACAAAACUAGCCAGAGCAGUUUGGGGGUGAGUUGGUGAAAAGUUUUUAUGCUGCCCCUCCCCCCCAGUGCAACCAGGGUUUCACUCCAGUGCACAGAGCAGGAUGGAGGAUUUGCAGAAGAGUUAGAGAGAGGAUUCUUUGGGGUGCACUUCAAACUUAACUGGCUUCUGACAUGUGGAGUGUUUGUGUUGUGGGUGGUCAUGGUGGAAAUCAGAAGGUUACCCCAGCCUCCUGCUGCAAACGUGGAACCCAGCUGUUUGUCCUGCCACUGUACAUAGUCACCAACAUUGCAGAAAGUUUUGUAAGAGACAGUUAUCCAAAGAAGGCAGGACUCUGGGAGCCUGGUUUCUAGCUACUGGAGGGGCUUUGUGCUCAUUCAGGAAUUUUGCCAUAUACCUAAGGUGAAAUCCUGGCCCACUGCAAAACUCUCAGUGACUUCAGCAGGGGCAGUAUUUCACCCUGGAUAUAUAGUAAUAUAUUAAGGGUAAAAUGUUCAAAAAUGCCUAAGUGAUGUAGGUCAGAGUCCCAAAAUGUUGUCCUAUGUACUUAAUCAUCACGACACAUCCGGCAAGAUAGUUACCUGUUGUUACCCAAUUUAACAGACGGGGGAGCUAAGGCAGAGAGGUUAAAUGAUCUAGAUCAGAGGGAGUUGGUGUUGGAGCCAGGUUUAGAAUGCAAGAGACCCCUGGUCUCAGUCCUGUACCUAAUUCACUGCUUAGCUGCCCCUGUGUGCAGCCAGAUACCACACUAUCCAGGAGAGGGCUUGGUUUGCAGCCCGCUCAUGUCCUCAGGGGCAGCUGGGAUGCCACAGCCCCCGAGAGCCAUGAGCUCCUCGGAGAUUCGCUCUAGAAUUGAGGGACCUGUGGCCAUGGUUUUCUGAGCCAAUGCACCAGUCCUGGGUCUGGGUGUAUAGAGGACCCCGGGGUAACCUGUGAUCUUCAAGCCAAAAGUCUGUGGCAAGCUUUCAUCCCUAGCUACUGGGUUACAUUAUCAGAGCACUUUGCGAGGAAAAGGGGGAGAAGCUUGAGAGAAGAGAUUCUCUCCUUUACACUACUUGGCACAGUUCCUCCACACUUGGGAUGGGAUGGGGCGGAGGGAUAGCCCUUAGGUUGGCGCUGCAAUUUGGCACCUUUCGCCAGCAUCGAACUGUGUGUGAAAGGACUAAAAUGCAGUGCGAGCCCAGGUCUCACUUCUUUUUCCACUGUCCUCAGGGAGAGACACGGGAAGCCUCCCUUCCUUCUGCUGUAAAAUCCUAGAGGAUGAACAUCAGAACCAGCCAGGAGUAUUGUUGGAGGGUGGGAAGAGGGGGGCGUGACUGCAUUGCGCUAAGACUGCCUCUCAAAGCUUUCUGAAAAACAGCAAGAGGAAAUUCCUCUUCUGCCCUUUUGGGUUCUCGGCCAAGACGCUAUUAAUAUUUAUCCACUUUUAUGGAUUAUAUUUCAUGUUAAGAAAAGGCAAGAUAACUUCAGAUAAAGGAGCACUGCCUCCACUGUUCCUAACACUUUGUCUGCUGUGUGGCUAAUGCAAAGAAAGAAAUGCUCAUUCAGCAAGAAGCAAAUCCUAAAACCCAAACUGCCCAUUACAAACCAUUCUAAAUGGGCAAUAAAGUUCGCUUAUCUAUCUUUGUCCUCCGUUCUAGAAAGCCAUUGCAAAGACAGAUUCUCUGGUCACCUUCUAUGAGCCAAAUCCUGCAGUCAGUCCUUUUUCAGGCAAAAUUACCACUGGAGUCAAGGAAAAUGAUCUGGCCCCGAGAAUAUAGCGUGUCUGUGGGAGGGGCGGGGAGUGGGUCUUGUGUUGGAAUGUGCAUCUAAGAAGGGCUAUACUAGAAUAUCUGUGGCAUUUAUCUUACCAUGAUUUAACAAGAUCUCACAUCUUGAGAGGGGGAGGCCCUUCCUUUUCCUCACUGAAUGUGAAUUUCACCUCUGAGUACAGGGUCAGCACCAGGCAUAUUCACAGCCUAAGUCCCCUUGGCCCUGUGCACAGGAGUGAAUUUCACCCUGACUGCAGUUCUGCACCGGUGUCACUCCAUUGGUUUGUGUAGUUACUCCUGGUUUACACCACUGUGAGAGGAGAAUCGGGCCCUGUGGUUGUAUUCGUGAGAUCAUCCAAGGAUGUGCAGUUGAGUCACAGAGUUAAGCUCUAACAGACCUUUUCCAUCGAUAAUGUUUAUGAUUCCGUUAUUAAAUGCUUCAUUAAUCCUGA